AGUGCGCAUACCAUAUGAGCGUACUGUCAAUGCAAUUUGUCAAACUCUUGGCAAAUGAAAAGUAACUGCUAACUUGUUACACGUGUAACAUCGCAUAUGAUUGUAAUCCACAACAAGAUACGAGAAUAAAUCGCAUAUACGCGUCAUGAUGAACGACGAUUCGGGUGUCGUGUGCUUCCGUCAUUGUUCGAGGAAGAAUGUAUUUUGCAGACACGUGCCGGCGACGUGUCCGGUUUGCUCGUCGCCGAUACAAGAUUUCAUCGUGGACCCGUUUCGCGUCCCGUAUCCUUUCGCGAACGCAGCUCAUAAUCCGACUAGCAUUGCGAUUCGACCUUCGCGCGGCGGCUUCCUGGACGAUUACGACGUCACGCGCGACGACUUGCACGUCGGGGUAGUCGAUUCGGGCGGGCGCGUCGUCGAAUACGAUAAAGCCGGCCUGAUAACGAACGACGUCCACAGGUGGGCCGUUUGCGUCGUCUUCCAGGUGAUACCGGUUGCCUGGACGGUUCGAUGGGAUGAAACGCUGGCAUUUAUAUCGAAAGAUGACAGAUGGAAGUCUGUCAACUACGACGAUAUCAGUCUGAAUUGUUUCAACUUCGUUCUGGAAUUCCUCAAUAAUCUGGGAUACGCGAAUCUCAAGUUUGAAAGCAAGGAAGAUCUAUGCGAGCGAUUGAUACUAUCGAAAAUCCAAAAGGCUAUUAGAUACAGUUCGUUAUACAGAAUCCUGAAGCAUCAGGAAUAUUUGUUGUCGGAUCAUCUUUCUUGAUAUGCGAUAUAUCUCAUUCUUUUAUUAUUUCUCGACAAACUGCUGUUUGUAAUUAUUGCACGAAAUAAAUGUUUAUUUUAUA